AUGGACGAAACAAAACUAUACAUCAUACUGGGUGCUGUCUUGGGCACUCUGGUCCUCACCGGAGUUUCCGUUGCAGUACUCUUUUGCUGGAAGCGUAAUAAGAGAAGGGUACGAGGCUUCUCUCUCCGUGCUGUAACACCUCUGGACGACUCUGUCUUCGAAUCAUGGCGGCGGCCCAGCGAACAUGCACAACGCAAUGAGAAGUACGGCAUUCGGCCGAUGCACUCAGCGGUUGUCCGCCAUGAGACGUCGCCCACCAUGUUCGAGAAGGAGCUGGACCUCUACGAUCACCCACGGUCACCCUCACCAGAAGACAUUUCCCCUCCUCUCCAGUCGCCAAGAGACUCGAUACGCAAGCCGGAGCGGGCACAGAGAAAGUCGAGUGUUGCCUCUUCUGUCGCCGACCGGCCUCCAACACCUUACUCGCCUACAUCCACCAUCAGCGAUUUCGUGGUUGGCUCGUACGGUUCCCGCAAGUCGCAGCCGUUGAUCCGUCACCAGCCUUCGAUGUCUGAAGCCUCUGCUUUCAGAUUCGAAUUCGAAUCAAACCACGAGGCCCAUCAGAAGAAACCCGAACACUGGGUUUGA